CUCGUCCACGGCGGGUCCGGCAGCCGAGCUCAUGCAGCCCCGUGGCGAGCGCCCGGCCGGGAGGACGCAGAGCCCAGAGCACGGCAGCCCCGGGCCCGGGCCGGAAGCGCCGCCACCGCCGCCACAGCCGCCGGCGGCUUGGACGCGGCGGCCUCCCCCGGGCGUUUGCGACCCGCGCUUUCUCUGGAAGCCCCGACGCUCCGGCCGCCCUGGAGCCCAUCCGGAAUGGGACGGGAGGAGCCGCUCGGGGAGGAGGGGGCGGGCAAGGUCAACUUCACUGAGGAAUAGUAUUGGCCAAUUUUCCUCCAGCCCCUCUUGCUGCUUAGCGCUGACACCCUGAACCCCCUGGGGAGUGAGGACGGGAGCCCACUUCUCAUGGGGACCAAGGAAGGGAGUGUGGAGCCCAGGAACGGUGGUGGGCAGAAAAUGCCUGCACAGGACCAAGGCAUCAGGCCCCUGACCGCCGAGCCGUUUGAGAGUAAAGUCCGGUCUGGCUUUAGGGAGGGUCCCCUGGACUAGAAGGAAGCUCUGAAACCUGGAGGGGAGGGGUGAGUGGCAUGGUGGCCCUUGAAUGGCUGCUGGUCUGGACUGCUGAGGAUGGACCUGCUGACUGCCCUGCUGACUGCCCGGCUGAGCUUGGAGUUCUUAAGGGUGGGUGAGUGGCUCCUAACAAGGCAAUCCUGACCUUGCCCUGCAUGCCUGCAGCCCUGAGGCAGAGCGUGCUCGGCCCAGGCAGGCCAGGCCUGCAGCCCCCAUGGAAGGUGCAAUGCAGCUGCUGAGCCGAGAGGGCCACAGUGUGGCUCACAACUCCAAGCGGCAUUAUCAUGAUGCCUUCGUGGUCAUGAGCCGCAUGCGACAGCGUGGCCUCCUCUGUGACAUCGUCCUGCACGUGGCUGCUAAGGAGAUCCGAGCGCACAAGGUGGUGCUGGCCUCCUGCAGCCCCUACUUCCACGCCAUGUUCACAAAUGAGAUGAGUGAGAGCCGCCAGACACACGUGACGCUGCAUGACAUUGACCCUCAGGCUUUGGACCAGCUGGUGCAGUUUGCAUACACAGCUGAGAUUGUGGUGGGCGAGGGCAAUGUGCAGACCCUGCUCCCAGCUGCUAGCCUUCUGCAGCUGAAUGGUGUUCGUGAUGCCUGCUGCAAGUUCUUGCUGAGUCAGCUUGAUCCCUCCAAUUGCCUGGGCAUCCGUGGCUUUGCAGACACACAUUCAUGCGGUGACCUGCUCAAGGCAGCACACAGGUAUGUGCUGCAGCACUUCGUGGACGUGGCCAAGACAGAGGAGUUCAUGCUGUUGCCACUGAAGCAGGUGCUGGAACUGGUUUCUAGUGACAGCCUGAAUGUGCCUUCUGAGGAGGAUGUCUACCGUGCAGUCCUAAGCUGGGUCAAACAUGAUGUAGACACACGAAGGCAGCAUGUCCCAAGGCUGAUGAAGUGUGUUCGGCUGCCCCUGCUAAGCCGUGACUUCUUGCUGGGCCAUGUGGAUGCUGAGAGCCUGGUGAGGCAUCACCCUGAUUGCAAGGACCUGCUCAUUGAGGCUCUCAAGUUCCACCUGCUUCCUGAGCAGAGAGGCAUCCUGGGCACCAACCGCACUCGGCCUCGGCGCUGUGAAGGUGCUGGCCCUGUGCUAUUUGCAGUCGGAGGUGGGAGCCUCUUUGCCAUCCAUGGGGACUGUGAAGCAUAUGAUACUCGCACUGACCGCUGGCAUGUGGUGGCCUCCAUGUCCACACGCCGGGCCCGUGUAGGAGUUGCUGCUGUUGGAAACCGGUUAUAUGCUGUGGGCGGCUAUGAUGGAACCUCGGACCUGGCUACUGUGGAGUCGUAUGACCCUGUGACCAACACGUGGCAGCCGGAGGUGUCCAUGGGCACAAGGCGAAGCUGCCUGGGUGUAGCUGCCCUGCACGGGCUUCUGUACGCGGCUGGUGGCUACGAUGGGGCCUCUUGCCUCAACAGUGCUGAACGAUAUGACCCAUUGACGGGAACAUGGACAUCCAUCGCUGCCAUGAGCACCCGGAGGCGAUACGUGCGUGUGGCCACACUUGAUGGGAACCUGUAUGCUGUGGGUGGUUACGACAGCUCAUCACACCUGGCCACCGUGGAGAAGUAUGAGCCCCAGGUGAAUUCAUGGACUCCGGUCGCCUCCAUGCUGAGCCGUCGCAGCUCAGCAGGUGUGGCUGUGCUGGAGGGCGCCCUGUAUGUGGCCGGGGGCAAUGAUGGCACCAGCUGCCUGAACUCCGUGGAGAGAUACAGCCCUAAGGCUGGUGCCUGGGAGAGCGUGGCACCCAUGAACAUACGCAGGAGCACACAUGACCUGGUGGCCAUGGAUGGUUGGCUGUAUGCUGUUGGGGGCAACGACGGCAGCUCCAGCCUUAACUCCAUUGAGAAGUACAACCCAAGGACCAACAAGUGGGUGGCUGCGUCCUGCAUGUUCACGAGGCGCAGUAGUGUGGGAGUGGCGGUGCUAGAGCUGCUAAACUUCCCACCACCAUCCUCACCUACGCUGUCAGUGUCCUCCACUAGCCUCUGACCUGG